UGUGUUGAUUUUUACCUUUCUCAUCAAAGCUCCAUUUGAACAGACAUGUGAGAAACUUCACAAAGAACACACUAGCUUUAAUUAGAAAUGUUAAGAAUAGUAAAAAAAGGAAUAGUUAGAUUUGAUCAAGGACAAGAUGAAGAAACCUUCCUGGAAAAUUUAGCAGUGCAAAGAAAUGCCUCUGCUUUCUUUGAAAAAUAUGAUCGAAGUGAAGUGCAAGAAUUAUUAACAACAGCACUAGUCAGCUGGCUGUCUGCCAAGGAUGAUGUUCGCUCUCAACUAGACAUCCCGUGUGGACUCAUGAGUCAAAUGAAUAACGUAGGCUUCUCCACUGCCAUCCUAUUGACUCCUGUGGACCCUACUGCCCACUUAGACUACAGGGAAGUCCAUCAGAUCUUAAGGGAGUUGGCCAUUGGAAUUUAUUGCUUGAACCAAAUUCCUUCAAUCAGUUUAGAAGCUAAUUUUGAUCAGAGUUCUUCUUGUCAAUUACCUCCAGCUUAUUAUGAUACCAGAAUUGGACAAAUUUUGAUCCAUAUUGACUAUAUGCUAAAAGCACUGUGGCACGGAAUAUACAUGCCCAAAGAAAAACGAGCCAGAUUCUCUGAAUUGUGGCGCACAAUCAUGGACAUCGAUCCAGAUGGGAAGCCUCAAACAACUAAAGAUAUAUAUUCUGAGUUUAGUUCAGCGGGUUUGGUUGAUAUUACUAAUGACCCAGACUUUGAUGGGAUCUAUGAUGAAGACAUGAAUGAAGACCCAACAUAUGAGCCCAACAGCCCUGAGGAAAAGGCUGUGUUCAUGAAAUAUGCUGAGAGCAUGAUGAUGAAGCUGACCUUCAGCACCACCCAUAUUCAACAGUAUGAAAACAUCUUCAUAUUUGAGACCGCCUAUUGGCUCACUAAUGCUAUAAAGUACAACCAGGACUAUCUUGAUAUUUGUACUUACCAGAGACUACAACAAAGACUGUAUCUUCAAAAAAAAGUUAUUCAAAAACACUUUGAGAAAAAAAAAGAAAUCAGAAGAGGGAUAGGCUAUCUGAAAUUAAUAUGUUUUCUGAUUCCGUUUUUACUCAGUUUAAAAAAGAAGAUGAAAGUUCCAUAUUUAAAUAGUCUGCUUCCACCUUUUUCAGAUGACAAGGUCAAGACAGAGAGAGAACUGCCUCCAUUUAUUUAUGGACGAGAUUUUAAAUGCCAGAAUUUCGAUUACAAAGAACAUCAGUACUUCCAUGUUCACGGAGGAAUUGAAUUUGACAUUAGCACAAAUCCAGUUGAGAGCGCUCUGGAUGAGUUUAAGAAAAAUGUAAACAAAAUAUGGGCAUGUGCUGCUAAUACCUUUGCAGAAGAUUCAGGAUACAAAGAAUUUUACUCAGUACCAGUCAUGGAGUUUUAUGGAAAGAGCUACUAUGUGAUCUAUUUUGAGCUUGAAAUUUUCUACCAGCAACUGUAUAAGACUCAAUGGUGGGGAGCCAUAAAUGAAAUUGUGAAUAAUCUGAGAUUGAAAAGGCUUCCACUGACUGAAGCUCAACUACACGAGCAAUUUAAGAAAAAAUUUGGUUUAAAAAAAGCCAUGAAGUGCAAGAGUAUCCCGUUUGGUCUGAAGUCUGCUGUCGAAAGAGGCUUGAAUGCUGUUUUCCACACAUUUAGCCGUAAAACCUCAAGCUCCACAAUCAAUGUUUCUGAUGAGGCAGGCUAUGCCAUUUUCCACCACGCUGCCCUACACAAUCGGGUCUCGAUCAUCUGUCAGCUGUGUAAUGCCAACUUCAACGUCAACCAGAGACGGUUCAUCAUGUUCAGCCAAGCAGAGUCAUCCAAAGUGGAUAUGAAAAAAGAAAGAAACGGUCCAACACCUCUACAUCUGGCUGCACAAGCUUGUUCACUGGAAGCAACAAUCUGUCUUCUUUGUUUCAAAGCCGAUUACACACUUACUGAGAAAAGAGGCUGGAUGCCAAUCCACUUUGCUGCCUUCUAUGAUAACAUCUGCAUCAUCAUUGCACUCUGUAGGAAGGAUCCUAGUUUGCUAGAGGCUGAAGCAACAGCGGAGAAUCAGUGCACUCCACUGCUACUUGCUGCCACUUCGGGAGCCCUAGACACUAUUCAGUACCUGUUUUCUCUUGGUGCGAACUGGAGAAAAACAGACACAAAGGGAAACAACAUUAUCCAUUUGUCAGUGCUCACUUUCCAUACAGAGGUACUCAAGUACAUAAUAGAGCUGAAUAUUCCUGAGCUUCCAGUUUGGAAAACUCUGGUGGAAAUGUUGCAGUGUGAAAGCUUCAAACGAAGGAUGAUGGCUGUCAUGUCCUUAGAAGUAAUUUGCUUAGCCAAUGAUCGAUAUUGGCAAUGUAUUUUGGAUGCAGGCACUAUUCCCGCCUUAGUCAAUCUAUUAAAAUGUCCCAAAAUAAAACUACAGUGUAAAACUGUUGGGUUGCUGAGUAAUAUCUCAACUCACGAAACUAUAGUGCAUGCUAUGGUGGAGGCCGGAGGCAUCCCUGCUUUGAUCAACCUGCUGGCUUCUGAUGAACCUGAACUCCAUUCUCGCUGUGCUGUUAUUCUGUAUGAUAUUGCGAAGUGUGAGAACAAGGAUGUUAUUGCCAAAUAUAAUGGAAUUCCAGCUCUGAUAAAUCUCUUAAGCCUUAACAAGGAGAAUGUGCUAGUGAACGUCAUGAACUGUAUCCGGGUGUUAUGUGUGGGGAAUGAGGGCAACCAACUAGCGAUGCGAGACUACAACGGCAUCCAGUACCUCAUCCAGUUCCUGAGCUCUGACUCCGAUGUGCUGAAGGCAGUGUCCUCAGCUACAAUCGCUGAGGUCGGCCGUGACAAUAAGGAAGUGCAGGAUGCUAUAGCAAUGGAAGGGGCUAUCCCUCCCCUGGUAGCUCUCUUUAAAGGGAAGCAGCUCAGUGUUCAAGUGAAAGGUGCGAUGGCUGUGGAGUCACUGGCAAACUGCAAUCCUUUAAUCCAGAAGGCAUUUCUGGAAAGAAAAUUAACGAAGGACCUCCUAAAACUUCUAAAGGCCUUUCAAAUAGAUGUUAAAGAGCAAGGAGCCAUAGCACUUUGGGCCUUGGCAGGACAGACAUUGAAACAACAGAAGUAUAUGGCAGAGCAGAUUGGGUACAACUUCAUAAUAAACAUGCUUUUGUCGCCAUCUGCUAAGAUGCAGUACGUAGGAGGUGAAGCAGUCAUAGCUCUAAGUAAGGACAGCAGGAUGCAUCAGAAUCAAAUAUGUGAAGGGAACGGCAUUGCACCCCUGGUCCGCCUGCUGAGGAUUAGUAAAAUAGCGGAAGGCACACUUCUGAGCGUCAUCAGAGCAGUAGGAUCCAUCUGUAUUGGUGUGGCCCACACGAGCAAUCCCAUGAGUCAACAAUUUGUUGUAGAGGAGAAUGCCUUUCCAGUGCUUAUUCAGCUACUAAGAACUCACCCUUCAGUUAACAUUAAGGUUGAAGUGGCAUUUUCGUUGGCAUGCAUCGUCCUAGGGAAUGAUUUGCUACAGAAAGAACUACAAGAAAAUGAGGGAUUUACCUAUUCUGAUGUCCUUUAUCUUCUUCACUCAAAAGAAAAGGACAUCCGCUUGAGAGCAGGUUAUGCACUAACCCUUUUUGCCUUCAAUAAUCGUUUUCAACAGUACUUGAUAUUGGAAACUGGAAUGAUAACCUUAUCUAUUUUUGAGCCUUUUCUUCAAUCCAAAGUUGAAACAGAGAGGGCAAUGGCAGCAUUUCAGAUUAUCGUAUUAGCUAAAGUCAUUAUUGACGUGGACCAUAUUACUUUGUCUGCACGAGGUGUUACUAUUUUAGCUGACAGUCUGUAUUCAGUCCACAUUCCUACUCUUGUCCUGACAGGUAAUUUGAUAGCUAGCCUGGCUCAUUCGAGAGCUGGGAUUCCAGAGGCUUUUCUCACACUGGGAACAAUCCAGCGGCUCUGCUACCACUUGUACUCAGGAAGAGAAGAGGUUCGCACGGCAUGUUCCUGUGCCCUUGGCUACCUCACUUACAAUGCGCAUGCUUUCCGUAUCCUGUUAACUGAGUGUAGGAAUAAGCCUAACCAGUUUCUGCGCAUAACAAAGAACAUCAGUAGAGAUGCAAAGAUCAACCCUGCGUUCCUAAAGGAGUUCCAAAUGCAGGAAAGCGUGGGACUUCCAUCCUUAAGCCUGGAGAAGAAUGGAGGACCAUCUGUAAUUCCUAUCUUUAAAAAAGGGAAAGAACACCGAAGAAAAGCAAGACCUAAAAUCCAACCAAGAGAUUCUCUGACUUUAAUACCUCCUGUGACUAACUUCAUGGGGCUCUUCAGAACAACACAUAAGACCAAUAUUUCCCACAACAUUUUUUCAUUUUCAUCUGGAAUUUCAUCAGAUAUCAUAAAUGUAUCAAGACCAAGAAUAGUUUUUUUCAACAACCUUGGGAAAAGUGAACAGAACACCAACCCAGAACCUGCAGAAAGCUAA